AUGCUGGAGGACCUGCGGCGCCGAAAAGAGGCGGAGAAGCAGCGGAAGCUCGCUGAGAAAGCUGAGAAGUUGGCGGGGAUUGUAUUGUUGCUGCGGGAAGAGGACAUAAACAAGCUCACAGUUUCACACAUUGAAGAUCAGCUCGAAGUUCACCGACAACUUGAUGGUAAUCAAGAUAUGCCCAAGAAGUCGCACCUGAAGAACAAAGCAGAGAAAGUCGCAGCGUUGAGGCACGUGGUUAGGCACUACUUAGCAAAAUACCCCGAGUCCGAGGGCAAGUGGCUGGAGGACAUGGGGAUUGGCAUCGAGACAGACGAGAAUUCUGACGCCGACAUGUAUGGCACAGACGGUUCUGACGACGAGGACGAGGAAAUAACUUUAUUACAUUACUGGAGGUGA